CGAUACGACCACACAGAAGGAAAUCGGCGACGAAAAUGGACGGCUCAAGCUUGAGCUCGGUCGCGGCGCGGGCGCAAGCCCACUUGGCGGCAGGAAAGUACGCCGACGCCGUCGAGCUGCUCGGGCAGUUGAGCGCGUACGAUGGCAGCGAGAAGAAGGGAACCAAGGAGAAGACGGGACCGAUGAAGUCGCGCGUGCAGCACAACUUGGCACUGGCGCAGCUUUUGGCCGGCAAGUCCAAGCCGGCCGAGUUUGAGUCGGCGCUCGCGUCGUUGCUCUCGGAGAUGCAAGGCUCGGUAUCGCAAUUGCAGCACGCAGACUCGAUGCUCGGCCUUAGCCUCAAGCUGCGGAAGGAGAAGGACAACUGGGAUGACGACUCGGACUAUGAGAAGCCGCGCUCGAUCGUCUUUAGCGGCGUGAACCUCUCGUUCCAGAGCCUGUCCAUGGAGCGCGAUGCUACCCUGCUGCGCUACAACCUCGCCGCGUGUUACUUCCGCCAGCAAAAGUACGCGUCCGCGUCCUCGAUCCUUGAUGCGCUCCUGCGCGCAAUGGAGCCGAUGGACGAGGUCGUGGCCAUGCACAUUUGCUUUCUGUACCUGGACGUGCUUUUGCACAGCAGCCGGAGCAGCGCCAUGUCCGAGUCGGCGCUCACAAACAUGCGCCAGAAGGCGCACGCGCUGCUUGCGUACCUGGAAAGCCCGCACGGCUUCAACGGCCUCGCCGACGACCAAGAGCCGGUCAAGGACGCGGCCGCGAAGGAGCGUAGCCUCGUCGAGUUCAAGUUCCGCUUCCACUUGUACAAGGCCAAGGUGGCGCUUCUGCAUGAAAACGCCAAGGUCGCCAAGAAGGAAGUCAAGUCGGCCAUGGAGGUGUUCCAGAAGGAAAUCAAGCCCAAGGAGCCAUCGAAUGCGGCCGUGACGACGACGCCGUCCUCGCUCGGCGUCGGCGUCGGCGCCAUCUUUGUGCCUGCGCCCGCGGUGCAGAACACGGCGGCGCUCUACCUCAAGGCGCAGCUCGAGUACCUCCGGCGCAACUUUAAAAAAUCCAUCAAGCUCGUCGCGUCCUGCAAGAAGGGCUCGGUCGAUGACUCGAUUAUGCUCAACAACUUGGGUUGCAUCCACGCGCAGCUCGGCCAGCACCAAGCGGCGCAGUCGUACUUUGCCCAGGCGCUGAACGCGACCAAGCGUCGGUCCAAGCCCGAGCCGCUCAGCGCGUCGGUGCAAGCGGAGCUCCUCUACAACAAUGGGCUGACGCUGCUGGUCCAAAAGAAGUUUGCGCUCGCGUUCCGCUGCUUCUCGGGCGCGACGCGGCUCUUCUUCAACCGGCCAAAGCUCUGGCUCCGGCUCGGCGAGUGCUGCACGGCGUAUGUGGCUGCGUCCCGUGCCGCCGUGCCGCUCGAGUACAAGAACAAGCUCGUCGAAGCCGUCGUCGGGCACGGCCCGCACCGCCGCGUGGUGCUGCCGACAAGCGCGCCAGAGACACCGGCCGCCGACGACGCCAACAUGACGCUGCCGUACGCGGUCAAAUGCUUUCGCAACGCGCUCCUCCUCUGCACGCAGCUGCUCGAAGCCAAGGCGUCGGUAGGCGGAAAUGAGUCGGAGAUGGAGGCGCCGGCGUGGACCGCCGACGCGCUGGAUGCGGUGCGGCAAAAGGCGCUCGUGCACCUUGCGUAUGCGUACCUGAGUCUGGCCGAGCCGCAGCUCGCGCUCGCGACGUGCCAUGAGCUCCUCUCGGUGCCGACGCUCACCAAGGCGCACCGGUACCUCGGGCGGUCGUACGCGGCCGAGGCGCUGAGUCUCUUGUCGCGCUCGAACGAGGCCGCGCCGCUCCUCAAGACAAACGAAAUGGUCGUCUUGGCCGACGAGUAUGCGCGCGAGGCCAAGGGGGAUGCGGCCUCGGCGCAGGCCGACGUCCACGUGAACAAUGCGACUGCGUGCUUGCUCCAGAAAAACAUGGCGCUCGCCGAGCAGCAUGUGGCGCUGGCCGUGCGAACGUGCCCGACGUCCCGCGUCGCGCUCGAGCAGCUCGUGUACGUGCUCUUAAGGAAAGGCAACAGCAAGAAGGCGCUGCAGAUUCUCAAGGAGGCGCGCGUGACCAACUAACUAGCUAGGUGGCUAAGUUGAUUAAG